AUGUCUUUACUGCUUACAAGGACUUGCGAGUAUGCUAUUCUAGUAGCAUUACAAAAAGGUCGUUAUUUCUCUCACAGCACUGAACACGAUAUCUGUAUACAAAGCAAGUUGGAGCUACGACUACCAGCUGCUGUUGACGACCUUAUUCCACCGACGACGAUAAUCAGCACUCCACCAGCUACCAUCUCGCGUGAAGGCACCGUGACAUUGAACACCACUCUUGCUUAUCUCAUUUCAACCAAAUUGCUGCAACGUCUACGAACGCACGAUGCCGAAAUUACGCUCACAGUGGAUGCCGUGGGCGUGGAUGCAGGGCAACAACGCAUUGGCACGGCCCGUCUCCGUGUUUCCGAAGCCAAAAUGGUGGUCCAUCAUGGCGGGCACAUGGACAAGGUGAAUCGGUUUGUUGCCGAUAGGGGCGACUGGCAAACGUUAUCGGAUGGACGACGCAACAAGGAGCAGCUCAAAGCUGGAUUGUUUAUUGUGGCUAUGCCAACAGAAAAAUCGCAACAAGCUUCUCCUGCCAUGGCACCAUCACCUUCGUCAGCCUUGUUAGAGCUCAAGUCCCUUGGUGAUCUAAGCAAUGCCAGCACACCUCUCUUAUUUUCCGAUAGUGUCACUACUACAACGGCUACCACGCUCUUGUCGUCACCAUCCUCCCAUUCAUUCCUCAAUAACAACAACAACAACAACAAGCUGGGCCGUCAUCAUGUGGAUCUCAACAUUGAUCAACUGGCAAACGAGUUUCGUAGUAUCAAGCUUAAACAUCAACCUCAACCCUCCGUAUCAUCCAGACGUCAACAACAACAGCUACAACAACAACCUGUAGCCAAGGAAGCAUCCUCAAAGCACCCACACUAUCAUCAGAUAGGGAAAGGAACCAAACCAUACACGCUUUAUUUCCGCAUUGUGGAUACCGAUUAUGUGAAUUUGAGAGAUCUUUCGGAAAUGAGCAUGCAUCGAUAUCGUGGCAACAUGAACAGUGGUAGUCGCAGUAGACCUGGCACAGCAACCAGUAUUGGACGUCAUCAACAACAACGAGGUGUAGCCCACAAACCCUUUUUCACAUACAGCAUUCUAUCCAAUGUUGUUCAUUGCCCUGCAGCCUCCAUUUCGCAUUCUUUGACGACAAAAGCAAAGAGUAGUAGCACCACAUGGCCCACCUGUUUCCAUUUACGUGGACAUCUGGUCGAUAUCCAAAACUGGUUGGAUGACUUGCGGUUUCUGGAAGUGUCCCUGGUGAUGAAAGAUACGACCACGACAUCAGAAGAUGAUGAUGAUGAUGACGAUGACAUGAGAGGAGAUGACAACAACAACAACAACAAACGUUUGUUUAGUGACAGGAUGACAGUGAUGGGCAUGGCACACAUUCCAUUAAGCAAUCUCGCCUUUUAUCGCAAUUCACGUGGACACUCACAUCACCAUCAUCAUCACCACCAUCAACAACAUUAUUAUCAUGGCCGCAGCCACAACAAAGAUGCAACAUUUGUUGAACGCACAUUCCCUGUACAUGACCUCAAUCACCAUCGUUGGUGGGAGCAACAAGAAGGAGCACCCUCGAAGCAAAACAAGACGAUUGCCAAAAUGACAGUACGAUUGGGCCUUGUGAGUGGAUGGUGGGCAGGCGAAGAUGAAAAGGAAGAAGAGGAUCAAGAUAGCAACAACAACAACAACAAUGACGAUAUCACCCAUGAUAAACACCAUCAUCGACGUAGAAGCAGCAACAACAACAACAACAACAACAAAACAUUCGUCAAACGACCUAGUACGGCACACGACUUAUUGGAUUGGUUCAAAAAGAAAAAGGCUAAAAUCCCAUCAUCAUCUACAUCCUAA